AUGACUAAGGACAAUGAAUACGGGAUUAUCGUUCUUCAUGACCCGGCGAACACAUCUGCUACCGACGAGAAAAGCUGGGAUAAUAAUAUCGUUUUCGAUUUGGUCGCAAUCCAUGGCCUGAACGGCGACCCUAUGCACACAUGGACUCACACUGAAACUGCAGUAAUGUGGUUAAGAGAUCUUCUACCUGCGGCGAUUCCAGACAUCCGUAUCAUGACCUUUGGAUAUAAUGCCCGCUUCAAGAAUUUUACCGCGCAGCAAGAUCUACGAAGUAUAUCAUUGAAGUUGCUCGCUGAGCUAGUAGAUCUCCGGACAACGGAAGAUGAGAAAUCCCGGCCUAUUGUGUUUGUUUGCCACAGCCUGGGGGGAAUUGUAGCGAAGAAGGCGCUGUUGAUAGGUUGUACCGAGGAGCAAGAGCACGUCCAGCAGGCUGUAUAUGGAAUCUUAUUCCUUGGCACCCCUCAUAACGGUAGCAGCCUCGCAGCCAUGGGAAAGGUCCUGGCAAAUAUUGUCUCAGCAUUUUCGCCAAUAAGAACUCCCCGCGCGCUUAUAGGGACACUGCAGAAGGACUCCGAGGUCCUGUUGGAGAUCACUGAGGACUUCCUCAAGAGGAGAAGAAAGAUCCACCUUGCAUCCUUCUACGAGCUCGAGUUCACCUCCAUCGGCCCUUUCUUAAGAAAACUAAUUGUCGACCAGCGCUCCGCGAUUCUAAAUGUUCCCUAUGAGAUCACCGUCCCCCAAUUCGCCGACCAUAGGAAUAUUGCCAGAUUCAGAUCUUCGCAGGAUCGGUCCUUUCGCCCUGUGCUUUCUCGGCUGAAAGAGUUUGCUCAGACCCUGGGCAGUGGCCAUUCGGGUGAAACGCGGUCCCUCACGGACCAAAACAAUGAGUCUUCCAUUCCAUUCGACCUAAAGACACAGCCAUGCUCGUUCUUCCGCGGAAGAGAUGAUGUAUUUGAUAUGCUGGAUGUGUACUUCCAUGAAGACCAGAAGCCAUCACAAAGCAGACGGACAUUCGCAAUAUGUGGCCUUGGGGGGACGGGGAAAACACAGACAGCUUUGCACUAUGCCGUCCGGAAUUUGUCAAAGUAUACGACAGGGAUUGGGUUUAUAAACGCAACAUCACUGGUCUCGCUUUCGGCAGACUUUGACCGCUUACAUGACCUUCUUAGGCUUGGAGAUUCUAAGAACAAGAUCGGAGCUGUUAAAAGUUGGCUAUCUCGUCCUGAAAACAGUAAAUGGCUUUUGGUGUUCGAUAACGCCGAUGACCUGGACACAGUACCAGUUCAUCAGUUUUACCCGGCCGUGAACUGGGGCCACAUUAUUAUCACCAGUCGUGACCAGGCGGUGAUUGGCAGCAUAGCCGAGAACGGCCACAUUUUGAGUCCCCUGACGGAGAACGACGCAGUGCAACUACUACUCGAAAAGUCAGGGAUCCAGCGCCCUACCGAAGGUGAUAUUGAAGACGCAAGGACCGUCACAGGACUUCUCGGGUCUCUCCCUCUCGCCUUGGUACAGGCUGGGGCAUUCGUUCGCUCAAGACAUCGAAGUCUUCGGGAAUAUUGUAGGCUGUAUACGACUCGGCGAGAUGAUUUGCUUGGCUUCGCAUCACGUCUUGGAGACUCUGAAAAGUUGGUCUUAACGACCUGGGAAAUCAAUUUUAAGCAAGUGGAGCGGGAGUCCUCGGGAGCUGUCUCUUUGCUUCUUCUAUUCUCUUUUCUGGAACCAUCUUCAAUUCCGGAAAUGCUUCUACAUCGAGGCACCACUCCCCAAAGAAGAUGGAGUGAGGAUGGUGAAAUGACCGAGGUAAAUGCGGAAAUGGAAGGGGUGGACAAACAAUUGGUCCAGGUCAUCCAAGGAGAUUUUGAGUUUGACAUGGCCGUGGAGAAGCUACUUUCCUUCUCGCUGAUUUCCUGCAACAAAGAGUCCGAGGGGCUUAGAAGCUUUUCCAUUCAUCCGCUUGUCCAGUACUGUGCUACAAAACGGUUAUCAUCGGUUGAUGUGAGGAAAUGGCGAUGGCAAGCUCUUUUGCUCGUUUGUCAUGCGUUUCCGAGGAAUCGCUUCCUUGAGCCGCUAAAUGGAGACGUUGGAAGGACUUUGUUACCCCAUCUGAGUCGAGCCCUUUCUGAAUACGAUACGAUGUGUCUCGAGCACGGAGACCCUGCCUCCUUUCGGCACGAACUCGCAUCGACUCUACUCGCCGCUUCCCGGUUUUCGAAUGCAAAAUGGAAGGUCGAAGCGAUUGACCGUACCAAAAAGCUCCUCGAAGAUGACAGUGAUCGUUUUCUUAACGCCUGGCUAGCACUUAGGGAGAGCUCGGUAAUGAGAAUGUCGGGAAAAUUGAGAGAGUCGGAGAGCGCCCUGUAUAGGUUCUUGCACGACGCGGCUGUACCCAAAGAGAAAGAGUUGGAAUUGAGUAGGAGAUAUAACGCCCAACGUGGGGAGCUUGUCAUUUCGUUCGCGGAGAACCUAAUUCGCAAAGGGAAGCUCAUCGAAGCCAAAGCGGAGUUGUCAGAGUGGAAGCCGCUGGACAUUGCCCCUUCCUCUCUUGAAAAAAUAACUUCAAGAGCCCGAGACAUAACUCUGGGUAAGAUCCUUCGACUCCAGGGCCUCUUCCAUAAAGCCCUGGCUCAACUCGAUGGUAUCCUUCAAGGCUGCCUUCUGGACGAAUACUUUGAGGGAACUGGCUGGUAUCGGGUCCUCCUUUCCGAAGUCGCCGACCUACGUUGCGCAUUGGGCCAGCCGCUUGAGGCUGAAAAGCUCCUGAUUCAGGAGUUGACCCCAAUGAGAGAGAAGGGCACUCAAGACAUUGCCACGGGCCGACGGCUAAGAAUGUCGCUCGCGGAGACCUACCUGGAACGAAACAUGUUUGCGCAGGCGGAGGAGCUUCUGCUGGAGCUUCAACGCGCAUUUUCGUCUUCUGGUGAACCGGACUAUAAUGCCCAAUUCUACAUUUUCCGUGUCUGGAUUUCCCUGGCGAGGAUUUCUCAUAUGCAGUCUGAGUCGGAGCAAGCGAUUUCACGCUGGAGAAAUGCUUUAUCGGCCUUGGAGCGCCUGGGCCAGGACAAGAGUUUCAAUGCUGGUCUUGAUAAUGCGGUCAACAGCUUGAAUGUAAUCCAUGUCAGCGGCACAAAGGGGAAGGGUAGCACCUGUGCUUUUACACGGAGCUUUCUUCAUGCACAUAGCAUGAGGACAGGAUUUCCCAGGAGGAUUGGACUCUACACCGGCCCACAUUUGCAAUGCGUUCGCGAAAGAAUCCAAAUUGACGACCAUCCGGUCCCGGAAGAUUUGUUUACCCGAUAUUUCUUCGAAGUGUGGGAUCGCAUUAUGCCUAAGGAUGUAGAGCUGGACUCGGGAGUCGCUAGGCAGCCUCGUUACCUGCAGUUUCUCGCCCUGUUGGCUUUCCACACCUUCAUCAGAGAAGAGGUUGAUGCGGCAAUUUUCGAGGUCCACCAUGGCGGAGAGUAUGAUGCAACAAACGUGAUACAGAAUCCCGUUGUAACCGGAAUCACAUCGCUUGGAAUGGAUCAUGUUGCACAGCUUGGCCCUACCAUCGAGACAAUCGCUUGGCAUAAAGCUGGAAUAUUUAAAUCGGGUGCGCCUGCUUUCUCCGUAACCCAGGAACCAGACCCCGCGGAAGUGAUGCGAAAGCGUGCUCUUGAUAAAGGCACUACUCUGACGUUCGUAUCGGCGAAUGAGUGCCUUCCCACUGAUGCGCUCGAGCUCACUAAAGCAUUUCUUCGAACCAAGGCACCUGGCCAUACACUUAGUGAUGCAGACAUCCGGCAUGGUGUGGAAAAUUUCCGGUUGACUGGGAGAUUCGAAAUUAUUGGUGAAGGGCAGUUACAAUGGUUUGUGGACGGGGCGCACAACGUUCUGAGUUUAGAACAAACUGCAGAAUGGUUUGCCAGGAAUGCCAACAAUGAGCAUAAGUGUCGCGCCCUUAUCUUCAGUCAUUUAUCAGAAGAGCGAGAUGGGGUGACGCUCGUACGAUCUUUAGCGCAUGCACUCUUCAGAAACGAGGUGAAACCUGGCCACGUCAUCUUUACUACAUAUCAGGAGAAAGAGGAUGACCCUAUCGACCAAUCCAUCAAAGCCUCUGAGCCACGAUCACAUGACGUAUGUGCUUUGUACGCCUCGGUGUGGAAGGGACUUGAUCCCCAGGCUAUGGUUACAACUGCGCCAACGAUUGAGAGAGCGGUAAGGCUUGCCAGGGAAACAGGGGUCCGUGAAGAUGGAAUGCAAGUGCUUGUUACGGGGAGCUUAUACAUGGUUGGUGGAACACUCAAAUUUCUGAGGCCAUCGUCGCGUACGACUACAGAUGAUUAA